AUGGCCGUGACCUCGUGUUUUGCGCAGCGAACUUGGAGUGACCACAAGCCGCGGAAACAAAAGACUGUGACGUCGACGAUCUUCAUGCCCAUGCCCAUGUUGCGUUCGCUCUUCUACUUGCUUUUCGUGCAAGGUGCUGUAGUCGCCUUCCCCGAUAUCCUGCACGACACGCUAGGUUUUAAGUCUGGACUAUUUUCUCGUCUCCCUGAAGUCCGCAAUCCGGGAUCAGAGCUUUCGAACAAGAGAGAUGUUAGUUACGACGCUACCACCAAUAUCUCCACUGUAUUAUGGGUGAUCGAAGAUACGUAUGAAGGCCAGACCUUUUUUGACACAUUUCACUUUUACACUGGACCAGAUCCUACAAACUUCGUAGACGAGCAAACAGCUUAUAAUAGCAGUCUUGCAUACGUUACACCAGACAAUAAAAUCAUCAUGCAAGGCGAUAAUACGACUUGGCUCCCGCAGGGAGUAAACCGAAGCAGUGUCCGCAUAUCCAGCCAGGCAGUGUACAACACAGGUUUAUUCAUCCUUGACCUGGAUAUGGCGCCAUGGGGUUGCGCUGUAUGGCCUGCUUUUUGGACUCUUGGGAGUGGUGUGUGGCCCUAUAAUGGCGAAAUCGAUAUCUUGGAGGGUGUUCAUGACAACUCACACAAUCAGGUCACUUGGCACACUGCUCCAGGUUGCACAUUGACACCGACCACUAAUUUUACUGGAACUAUUGACCAAAUCAAUGGCGUCGACAACCUUGAGUGUAAUUCAUUAAUAAAUGAUAAUGCUGGCUGCAGCGUGACAGAAUGGAGUAACGCUUCUUACGGCCCUUACUUCGACGCUCAAGGUGGGGGUGCGUUCGCAAUGAAAUGGGAUGAGGAAGGUAUUGCUGUAUGGUCGUUUUACCGUGCUGCUAUCCCACAAGAUAUCGUGCAAGGGGAGCCCAACCCAACUAAUUGGGGAUCACCUGUCGCUUCACUUGCUCCUCAGACGUGCAAUAUGACAGAGUAUUUUGCAAAUCAUUCUAUCAUAUUCGAGGACUUUCAAGAUAUUACUUUUUGUGGCGAUUGGGCUGGCAAUUCGUAUGCCACAUCAGGGUGCCCGGGAACAUGUCCAGAGAGGCUAAUGGAUCCAGCAAACUUUGUGAAUGCUUCCUGGAUUAUCAAUUCACUCAAAGUAUAUAAAAAGGCCACCCUUUCAGGGGGCGCCUCAAAUGGUGUCGCCGAGUACCCAAUCUCGGCAGUGAUGGGUUGGAUCGUUAUCGGGUUGAUUCUAAAUUUUGGGCUGCUGACUUUGUAG